AUGGCCAACUCGUUCAUCGGCACCAUCAUCUCGGUCGGCGACGCAGCCUCCACAGUGUACGUCCUGCAUCUGGAUGAAUGCGAUCGAGCGCAUGCCCUCACCCCCAAACGCACCGCCUCCGACAGAAUGUUUCGGUGCUCCCAUUGCGAGCUCUCUACACCGGGCCAUGGAACAGUCGACACAAGCGCCUUGGAAAGCUAUCCAACAAUCGAAUGCCGAUCCGAGGCCUGUGGCGGCUCGGUCCAGCAGGCGGUAGCUUUCUAUCGACUCAAGCUUACCGUCUCCAAGUCCGCCAGGGUGCUUCGAUUGGCGGCCUUUGAGUGCGUUGGCCGAUUGAUAGGCCUCCACCCGAUUGACUUUUUCAAGCUUGCCGCUGCGUUCCCAGGGCGUAUCGACGCGGCCAUGGAAGACUAUUUCAUCGGCCGCCACUGCCGGUUUGUGGUGCGCAAGUCUCAGAAACGACGCCUCGAAGCCGACGACAGUCCCGCUGGCGGCGAUGUCUGCAUCAGGAUUGCACUUUUGAGCGACUCGUCUCCGAUGGUCGUGGAUCGAAAUAUGGUCGACCUGAUCGAGGACUAUCGCCAGCAACAGCAACAGCAACAGCAACAGCAACCGAUGUGA